AGUCCAUUCAUCAUCCAACCAGGUCAUUCACAGCAAUCAGCAGAGAGUGAAGGAGUGCACAAAGGAGUAAAGAAGGGCGGGCCCUGGCCAUAAUCCUCACAGACGAAUAGCAAACAGGCAGGAGCAGUGGAGCACGCUCACAAUGGCCACGCAUUCUCCCCUGCUUCCCUGUGCCAUCGUCGUCGUGCUCGUCCUCCUACCCUCAGCUUCCCUCGCCGGCGACUCGGACCUGCUCCAGGACAUCUGCGUCGCGGAUCUCACGUCCGCCGUGAAGGUGAACGGGUUCGCCUGCAAGGCCACCGUGACAGAGGACGACUUCUACUUCAAGGGGUUGGGCGCGGCCGGCAACACCAACAACACCUACGGCUCCGUCGUCACCGGCGCGAACGUCGAGAAGGUGCCGGGCCUCAACACUCUCGGGGUGUCCAUGUCGCGCAUCGACUACGCGCCCGGCGGCCUGAACCCGCCACACAUCCACCCUCGCGCCACCGAGAUGAUCUUCGUCCUGCAGGGCACCCUGGACGUCGGCUUCAUAACCACCGGUAACAAGCUCGUCGCCAAGACCAUCACGACCGGCGACGUCUUCGUCUGUCCGCGCGGCCUGGUGCACUUCCAGAAGAACAACGGCAACGUCCCCGCCGCCGUCAUCUCGGCCUUCAACAGCCAGCUGCCCGGCACGCAGUCCCUCGCCAUGACGCUGUUCGCGGCCACGCCGGAGGUGCCCAACAAUGUGCUUACCAAGGCGUUCCAGGUCGGCACCAAGGAGGUGGAGAAAAUCAAGUCCAGGCUUGCACCCAAGAAGAGCUAAGUGCCCAAUGAUGUACUUCUGAAUUCUGAUGUUUCUUUUCCGGUGACUUGGUUGCUUCCGUGUGUUUCUUACACCUCUGCAUUUCUGUUCCUGUUCUAUCGAUCUCUUCGAUUAUUCUUAUCUGCAACGCUGUCUGCAGCAGGUACAAAAGCCAGUAUGUGUUCGUUGUAACAAGAUGCAGGGCCACAGCUUGUUUGUUUAUUUUCAUUCCAAAUUCAAUAAUUUGACUGAUUACGGUGGCA